AUGAUCAUGCCUGAACAAAAGGUUGACGGCGAAAGUUCUCCUCUUCAAUCGGCAGGUACUAAGAGAGGCCAAGAUUCAUUCGAUGGUCCUGCAAGUAAACGAGCACAUGUUGAGGAUGAUAGUAAUCAAGUGGCUGUGAAAAUAUUGAUUCCGUCGGCAGCGGUAGGAGCAAUUAUUGGCAAAGGUGGUGAGGCGAUGAGAAAUUUGAAAAGUGAUCAUCAGUGUCGUGUUCAAAUGAGCAAAAGUUCAGAAACAUACCCAGGCACAAGUGAGCGUAUCUGUCUAGUGAAAGGACGCGUUCAAAAUGUCCUUGGUGUCAUUGAAGUGAUACUGCAGAAGAUUAAUGAGAAAUGCGAGGGUUCCACCAAUUCUGAUGCGUUCGAUCACAAAGGAGUUAGCCGCGGAAAUGAGUCUUCUAGGUGA